CAUUGGAGCUAGGGUUAGGGUUAGGUUUAGGAAAUUUGGGGAUUUUUGUGUGUAGGUGGUCUUUGUUGUUAGGAUUUCGUUUGAUUUGAUUUGUCCUCGUCCUCUGCACAUGAUGGUAACUUGGAUUUUGCUUGGGCAGGUGCCUUUCUCUCUUGAGGACCCGGAUUACAAGGGUCUUGAGCUAGUUCUGAUAGUGUUGUGCGAGAAGCAUGGGAAGCCAUCAGAGAGGCUUGUUGCGUUUGAAGGAACAAUGACUGGGAGAAGGUUCUUAGCAUGUGCAGAGCCGGAAGGUCAGAAUUGUGGGUUUGUUCAGUGGGUUGAUGAGCAGUGGCCCCCAACAAUGGAGAAUGCAUUGCUGAAGCUUUGGUCAAUGGUUGAAGAGAGCAAGUCUGCUAGGGUGAAUGAUAAUCUUCAAAGUGCUCUAACUAUUCAUCAGUUGACAGAAGAAAAGAACAAGCUGGAUGCAGACUAUGACAAGUUAGUGAAAGAUGUGCAUCAACUUGUGGACUUUCAGCAGGAUAGGGUUGUGGAUUUCAGUUAUCUGCAGUCUGCUGUCACAUAUCAGCACCAAUGCAGAGCUGAAUUGGUGGCUGGUAUGAAUGCAGAAAUGGCAAAGAAAGAUGCAGCUGCACAGAAGCUUCAACAAAAGUAUGAACUCCUGUGCAACCUGACAAGUGCUCAAGCAACUGUCAUCCAAAACUUGAAGUUGAAGAAUAUGAAAGAGAAGGAAUUGUUGAGUGAGGGUAGGAUGAAUUUGGAGUUGAAGAAUGCAGAGUUCACAAAGUUUGAGGAGAAGCUCACCCAAGAGAAGCUAGAGUUGAAGCUCCAGGUUGCUGAUCUGCUGAAGCUCAAGGAAAACCAUAAUGAAGAGAAGAAGAUGCAAGAGUUUAAGAUUACUGAGCUCAUCAAGGCAGAGGAGAAGCUGAAGGAGAAGAUCAAGGGGAUCCAGGCCAUCUUGCAGAACUGAACAAGAUGACUUGAGAUUAGUGGGCAUUGCAGACCUUUUGGGAAUGAUGGUUGUGCAAUGACCUAGUAACUUAGAAUUAUGGUUGUGUAAUGUAUGGUUCUAGUACUAAUUGUGAACUCUGGUUGUAACUCUAGUAGUUAUGCUAUUCAUCCUUUUGUGAGAAAAGGAUGGAUUGUGCAUUUGAACUC